CGCAGAAGUUGGCGACCUCGCUCUGUCGUCGGACGAUCAUAGAGGUCGGCAUCAGGAUGCGUAUGUCGAUGUUGCGGACGGAGGCGGGGAGAUGGUGGAGAGAGGGCGGGGGAGAUGCCGCGGCCGGUGGCGAGGAAGGUGGCGGAGAUCGACGGGCAACGCGGGGGACGAGGAUAUAUGCGCGUGCUCGUUGUUUGAGAGCAGUUCCUCCCCGUCUUUCCUCCCGUCGGCGCUGUGUCACAUAUAAGGCUUAGCCCAUGGUGUGGCAUGUGUCGCUUCUGUCAGGGACGCGGGUUAUCGCCUCUCCCAAUAUCUGCAUCGUCGAGUGCGAACUCUGUCAACAUCCCGUCCAUAUUUGACCUUCCCACUCAACUCCCUCCUCCCCUCCCCUCUCUUUCGUCCAUCCACCGACCUCACACCCACGAACAUAGCCAAGCCCCAUGCUGCAGACCCUCUACGGUGUCCCUCACAUCGCUGCCCGCGAUGCGUUUCUCCUCCACUCCUCGAGCUGCUUCUCAACGCAAGCUAUGAACAUCCUCGACCUCAACUCUGACGUUCUUUCCAUGAUACUCUCCUUUGUGUCUCCGCCAGAGGCCAUGCAGCUCGCCCUCACCUGCCACAACGCCUACGACGUCGCCAUGCCCCGCUUUCUCUCAGAGGUCACCCUCGGAUGCACCGACAGCAUGAGCGGCCCCGAGCAGAUCACUCUCUUCUGUAAGUAUAUGCUGGCCAACAUCAAGGACCGUCUCCGCCAUCUCAGGGCCCUCGAGAUCAAGGAAGGCGCUUUUGUUAGCUCCUCCGAACAGGACGGCCGCGAGACCUGGGUUUCCGACUUUUCCUGCGCUGCUAUCCUCGCCGAUACCCUCCGCCAGGCGGUCCACCUCCGCAAGCUCAACAUCGUCGAACUCGAGCCCCUCCUCGCCAGCCAGCCCGCCGUCGGCGAGGCCCUCUCCCACCUGCCGCGCCUUACUGACGUCUCCUUCCAUUAUAUCGGCAAGUGCACCCUCGAGAUGCUCAAGCACACGACGUGCCAUCCCAAACGCCUCGAAUUCGGCAUGUGGAAGGACGGCUCCCGCGUCGCAGGCGACACCGCCGCGUUUGACGAGUACGCGUCCUCUCUCCAGACGCUCAACCUCUGGCAGUGCGCGUGCCUUCUCGAGAGCUUCAGCGAGAGCUACGUGUCACACGGCGUCCGCGUGCUCGGUCUUGGCGGGCGCGUCCCACUCCUCUCCACCAUCUCCCGCGAGUUCCCCAACGUGCGCUCUAUCACGUUCGCCCCGGAGUGUUCCGUCGAGGAGGAGACGCCCUCUGCGUCUUGGCCGGGACUUGAUUUGGUCGAGACGAGCAUCCCGCACCCGUUCUUCUCGUGCACCGUUCGCAGGCUCGAGCUCAAGUACACCCUCGGCACGACGCUCAAGCGGUUCUCUUCCAACCAGGUCAUUGCGCGCACGGUUGAGCUCGUCAGGCAGACGAAGCCCGUCGUGUUAUCGUGCGUCCUCGAGGCGGCGCUUGGCGGCGAUUAUCUUGACAAACUUGUCAACGUCAUGCCGCAAGUGCGUUUCCUCGAGAUUGAGUUCAACCCGCGUGAACUCAGGGUCCACGAUGAGGUGCACGAUAUCGAGUUCUGGAUGAACCGUCACAUCCCGCGCCUUGCGAAGCUCCCGCUCGUGGGCAUCUCGUUGCAGGGGAGUCCCCGCAAGCGCAGUGACAAUGUGCGCGAGACGAUCGACAAGGUUGCAUAUGCGGCGGCGAUGCACAUCCCAACACUGAAGUAUGUCGGCAUUGGCCUCCCUGUGAAGAGCUAUUUCUCGAGCGGUACGGGACGCUCGUUGACGUGGUUCCGCGUGAAGAUGCGCAUGGAGGGCGGCGAGCCGCUGUUGGAGAUUCUGAAUAGCGGGCACGGCGAGGCGGUGCGGCAUGAGAUGCGCUUGUUAGAACGCGUCAGCUCGUGAGGCUCAUUUGCGGAUAGGGAGCAUGCGUUUCGCGUGGGAUUUGCCCAACAAUAUAGAAAGAACAAGGUCUUGGUUUGUGUCUGGUUUUGUCGUUGAUCUUGGAAUUUUUGGAUCGCUGAACUGACGGUGCUUGCUCUUGUAUCUUAUCCGUCAUAUAUCCUUGCUUUUUUUUCUGCGUGGAGCGGACCAAUCUCUGCUGUACGAUUGCUUUUGCCUGCGCUAAAAAGUGCAUUUUUAUGUUCGCUGCCUGCUUUCCGACGAUGUACAACAGUUCCCACAAAACGAUCAUGCGCAU